CACCUCAGCCGACUCUCUCUCUCUCUCUCUCUCCAAAAUCUCCGUCGUUAGCUUCCAAAACCUAACUUCUUCUCGUUCCUCUCUCUCUCUCUCUCUCUCUCUCUCUCUGGAAUUGCCAUGUCGCUGCGUUCUCCAUGUGAGAUCAUCUUUCUUUCCUUCACCGUGUUGUGGGAAAUGGCUGUCAUUCGCUGAUUUCCGUUGUUUGUUUCUUUUUUCCCUUUGGUUUUGUAUCUUUUUGAUGGUUACGUCCGAUAUUUGAGGGGGGGCGAAAAAGAAGAAAGAUAAAGACGGGUGAUGUUUUUGUUGUGAAAAAGGAACGUGUCCCUUUUCUUGUAAAUGGAGUUCCGUUGUGGUUUCUGAUUCCAAGGCUGUGCCUUUUGCUCUGAUUUAGCGCUUUGUGCGCUGCAUUGAUUCCGCAGAAUUGAGCUUAGCAUUAAUGGGUCUUUGAUUGUGGCGGAAAUGUGGGUGGAGAUGAGGAGGUUUAAGCUUUGAUAAAGCAGCUUCCUUUGAUGGUGUAAGCGUUCGUUGGGUUCCGAGAGUGGGGGCCGAAGGAGGAGGGAGGGAUUUUUUUGUUUUUCCCUUUCUUCUUCCUGGGUUUUGAUGAUCUUGCAAGAUUUGGCACUUAUUCAUGAAUUUCCAGUGGCUGAAACAUACAUCAAACAAUGGGAAGCCAGAGAGGAGGCUUUCGCUUAGGGAGUACAGGAGGGCCAUCUCUUGGUCCAAGUACUUGGUUUCUUCUGGUGCAGAGAUAAAAGGGGAGGGAGAAGAAGAGUGGAGUGCUGACAUGUCUCAGCUCUUGAUUGGGGGCAAGUUCGCUUCGGGGAGGCAUAGCAGGAUAUACAGAGGGAUUUACAAGCAGAGGGAUGUUGCUAUCAAGAUGAUCAGUCAGCCUGAGGAGGAUGAGGACUUGGCCUCUUUCCUCGAGAAGCAGUUUGCUUCCGAGGUCGUGUCGCUGCUCCAGCUACAGCAUCCGAAUAUCAUAACCUUUGUUGCAGCUUGUAAAAAACCACCCGUGUUCUGCAUCAUCACUGAGUAUAUGCCUGGCGGAUCGUUGAGGAAAUACCUCCACCACCAGGAGCCGCAUUCCGUUCCUCUUAACUUGGUUCUGAAGUUAGCUCUUGAGAUUGCACGAGGAAUGAAAUACCUUCAUUCUCAAGGGAUUCUCCAUAGAGAUCUCAAAUCUGAGAAUGUGCUUCUCGGAGACGACAUGUCUGUGAAGGUAGCCGAUUUCGGUAUCUCAUGCUCAGAAUCUCAGUUGGGAAGCACUAAAGGGUUCACUGGAACUUACCGUUGGAUGGCACCUGAAAUGAUCAAAGAGAAGCACCAUACUAAGAAAGUUGAUGUUUACAGUUUUGGCAUAGUCAUGUGGGAGCUCUUGACAGCGUUGACACCAUUUGAGGACAUGACUCCAGAGCAGGCAGCCUUUGCGGUUUCCCAGAAGAACGCUAGACCACCACUGCCUCCAGAGUGUCCUCCAGCGUUUAGACACCUCAUCAGCCGAUGCUGGUCAAGCAAUCCAGAAAAACGUCCCCAUUUCAAUGAGAUUGUCUCGAUACUGGAGAGAUAUGUAGAAUCUCUCGAGCGGGAUCCGGAAUUUUUCUCAUCCUUUGUACCCUCGCCCAAUCACUCUAUUUUUGGAUGCCUACCAAAAUGUAUUGCUGGUCAGAGAUCUGCUUCCAUAAGGGCUUAGCGACCUUCGGCAAAUAGCUUACAAUGCUAGUCGUGGUUUUAUAGACCGGAUUUACAGGCUUGAUUAUCGUCAGGAGCCUGAUAGUAGCAACUCACUGUCCUCAUCCAUUUUCUCAAACCAUACAUGUGGGAGUGACAGAAAGUUUGUUGUCUCCCUUACCUUUGAUGUAUUCGUUUGUUCUACUUACCUAAUCUAGAUUAUGACUUGAAGAAUAGUCAUCUUUCUUGUUUUGGCAAA